AUGAACCUGCCUCCAAUUGCAUUACUGGUACGAACUCUUCCUCAUGCUUCUCGUCCUCUUGGUCUUCUUCAUCCUCCGGUUGAGGCACCUCCCAUUAUCCCUGGAUCCUCAGCGGCUGUGCCCAUGGAAAUCGUUUCUACGGAUCCUGAGCCUAUGCCUGAAGGUUGCAAUGACAUAGAAGUGGUCUCUGAUCAUGAAUUGUUUGAUACUCCUGAGCGUUCUGGUACCUUUCCAUGUCCCACACCUCUGAUCUCCACACGCUCCUCCAUGGACGUUCUUCUAUAUCAGGAAGAAUUUCCAGAUCCGUCCGCGUAUAUGGACAUGGUGGUGAUUGUUUCGGAUGAUCUCUCUUCUUAUCACAACUCGGAAAUUGAGGACACCUCCGACACUCUUCCGUCGUCUUACUUCUACUGUGCAGACUGUGGUUACCUCCACUCCUCCACCUCCUCCUCUAUCAUUAUCUCGGGUAGUUCAAUCCAAGUCCCCUCAAUCCUCUUCCAUAAUAGGCUAAUAUUGAAUCUGAGGCCAGUCUUAGACAAUCUGAACCACCUCACUGAACUUUGA